AUGAAGGCCGAGAGGAAUGAGACUCGUGGCUCACUUUUGGGACCGAACAGUGAUCACCUGGAGCGCGCCUCUAUUCUGGAGCAUCUCCCUGGCAUAUUACGACUCUCGAGCGAGGAUUGUGGCUUGUCCGCGAGGCAAUGUAGCCUACGUCCUGCCAACGCAGAAGGCAGUCCCUCUCUCGUUACCCUGUCUCCUUCACCUUCUUUCCACACCCAGCAGACCCUCGACACCGAGCGUGACAAUGCCACCAGCCAACACGCGCGACGGAGCUUCCGCCUCCCAAAGACUGACUCGCAAAAAAACUGCAGACUCUGGACCGCGGGCCCUCAGAAUGAUGAGCCUGCAAGUUCCAAGGCCGAGCAGCACCAGAAGACCUUUAUAAUCAAUCUCUCCGAUGAUUCAUCCGAUGACGAUGACUCGGAUACUUCUUCGCAGGCUACAACAGAAGUACCGAGAGGAGUUCGAUUUCAGCUGGGGGGAAAUGACUCUCAAGAUGACACGGGCGAAGCUGCGUUCCGGGCGCAACCUGCUGGCGACAUGAAUGGUGAACUUGAUCUCGUUGACGACAAGCAGCCACAGGAGCACAAUGCUGGGCAGCCGGCCAUAGCGCCAGUUGGAACAAGGCAAAACGAGAUUCCUGACUCAGAGAGAUCCGACGACGAGGUCCCAGCAGGCACGCAGACCACCAAUGCACACACCAAUGCGCACACCGCAAGCAAUAUAGAUGUCGAAGCAGACGUUAACCCAGCAAAUACCGGCCCUGCUCCACACGAUAAAGCCAAAAAAUCGGCGCGCAAAGGGCCCAGGAUGGUUGCAUCGGCAGGCAAGACCAAGAAGCGCAAGGCUUCCGACCAAGAAGCCAGUACUGCGGCGCGCACGGGGGGAAGAGAGGGUGCAUCAGCACCGAAGAAUCCUAAAAAGCGCAAGUCUUCCGACGGUGUGAGCCUAGAGAUGUCACGUUAUAAGACUUAUACUAACUAA